UCUCACUGACAUUAUGAUAGAAGAUACAGCGGGAGAAGAAGAGACGUAUGUGACUGAUAUAAAGGCAGAAGAUAUAGAGGGAGAAAAAGAGACGUAUGUGACUGAUAUAAAGGCAGAAGAUAUAGAGGGAGAAGAAGAGACGUAUGUGACUGAUAUAAAGGCAGACGAUACAGAGGGAGAAGAAGACAAGUAUGUGACUGAUAUAAAGGCAGAAGAUUCAGAGGGAGAAGAAGACACGUAUGUGACUGAUAUAAAGGCAGAAGAUAUAGAGGGAGAAGAGACGUAUGUGACUGAUAUAAAGGCAGAAGAUAUAGAGGGAGAAGAAGAGACGUAUGUGACUGAUAUAAAGGCAGAAGAUAUAGAGGGAGAAGAAGAGACGUAUGUGAGGGGUGAUCAGCAGUGUAAGGAGGAGGAGAUCCCUACAGAUAUCGGCAAAGAUGGACAGACAAGCAGGAAUAUCUCAGAAGGACAUCUAAUGUUAUCCCCGGAUUGUGACAUAAAUGAUAAUGACAGUAGACAGGAUUCUCCAGGAGAUAACCCCAUUACCCCAAUUAUACAUCCAGCUCUAUCAGCUGAUCCCUCUUAUCCUGGGAAAUGUUCUCCUGAUCACUCUGAUAUUGGUGCAUCUGUUACAGCUCUGACAGUAGAUAUGGAGUUUCCCUGUUCUAUAGAUGCCAAAUGUUUUAUACAGAACACAAAGCUUAUUAUCCAUCAGCCAGCUAAGGCAGGUGAGAAGCCAUUUCCAUGUUCUGAGUGUGAGAAAUGUUUUACACAGAAAUCAGAUCUUGUUAAACAUCAGAGAAGUCACACCGGUGAGAGGCCAUUUUCUUGCUCUGAGUGUGGGAAAUGUUUUAUCCAGAAAUCACAUCUUGUUACACAUCAGCGAAGUCACACGGGUGAGAGGCCAUUUCCAUGUUCUGAGUGUGAGAAAUGUUUUACACAGAAAUCAGAUCUUGUUAAACAUCAGAGAAGUCACACCGGUGAGAGGCCAUUUUCUUGCUCUGAGUGUGGGAAAUGUUUUAUCCAGAAAUCACAUCUUGUUACACAUCAGCGAAGUCACACGGGUGAGAGGCCAUUUCCAUGUUCUGAGUGUGGGAAAUGUUUUGCACGGAAAUCACAUCUUGUUGCACGUCAGCAAAGUCACAAAGAUGAGAAGCCAUUUCCAUGUUCUGAGUGUGGGAAAUGUUUUACACGGAUAUCACAUCUUGUUACACAUCAGAGAAGUCACACAGGUGAGAAACCAUUUUCUUGCUCCGAGUGCGGGAAAUGUUUUACACAGAAAUCACAUCUUGUUAAGCAUCAGCGAAGUCACACAGGUGAGAAUACAUUUCCAUGUUCUGAGUGUGGGAAAUGUUUUACACAUAAAUCACAUCUUGUUACACAUCAGAGAAGUCACACAGGUGAGAAACCAUUUUCUUGCUCCGAGUGCGGGAAAUGUUUUACACAGAAAUCACAUCUUGUUAAUCAUCAGCGAAGUCACACAGGUGAGAAUACAUUUCCAUGUUCUGAGUGUGGGAAAUGUUUUACACAGAAAUCAGAUCUUAUUAAACAUCAGAAAACUCACACAGGUGAGAAGCCAUUUCCAUGUUCUGAGUGUGGGAAAUGUUUUGCACGCAAAGCAGAUCUUGUUAAACAUCAGAGAACUCACACAGGUGAGAAGCCAUUUUCUUGCUCUGAAUGCGGGAAAUGUUUUACACAGAAAUCAAAUCUUGUUAAACAUCAGCGAAGUCACACAGGUGAGAAUCCAUUUCCAUGUUCUGAGUGUGGAAAAUGUUUUGCAUACAAAUCAGAUCUUGUUAAACAUCAGAGAAGUCACACAGGUGAGAAGCCAUUUUCUUGCUCUGAGUGUGGGAAAUGUUUUACCUGGAAAUCACAACUUUAUACACAUCUUCGAAGUCACACAGGUGAGAAGCCAUUUCCAUACUCUGAGAAGUAAAUCAGCUCUUGUAGACAUCAGUCAGGUGAGAAACCAUUUUAAUCUUCUGGGGUAUACUUAUUGCCAUAUGAUGUUCUUCAAGAUUCUUAUCCUAUCUCCUAUGCUUUUUGCAAUAUACAUGCUACCGCAUGGUGAAAUAAUCAGACGUCAUGUACUCAUCUACCACUGCUAUGAAGAUGAUCUGUCUUUUGCUCAGGGUACUGAGAACCCAGUACCAAUCCUAAAUGGUUGUCUAGUUGAGCUCCAGGUGUGGGUGAUGCCAGUUGGCUGUGACUCAGUCCUGGUGAAACAGGUCUAUCAUAAGAUAGAAGCUCACCAACAAAGGGCAGGGCUACAGUUCAGCUUUGCAAACCAACCAGACUUACGCUUGGAGGUUCAGAGUUACAAAAUGCGGAUCAUGUGUGGAAUCUUGGUGUCCUGGAUUGUGGAGUGAAACUUAGACAUCACGUAUCAGCCACAAUCAGAUCCUCAUCUGAGGAACAGAGCCAGACUCCAGCACUUAUUUCCCUCAGAAGAUCUACCUACAGUCAUACAUACACUUGUAUCAUCACACAUAGACUACUGCAAUGUCCUCUACCUGGAUCUCCUAGCAAUAGAAUUGCACCGCUUGUAGCUUGUACAGAUUGCAGCAGCCAGUCUGUUACCUAACCAGCCCGUUCCUGCCACAUAACACCCAUUCUCUACUCCCUUCACCGGCUGCCUGUAAGAUGGUGACUCUAUUACAUAAUCUUACUGACUCCCAAUCCUACAUGAUCAGGAUCCAUGGUAACAGAAGCAGCUUCUGCCUCAUUACUGCCCUGCUUUCUUACUUCCAUCUGCAGAUGAAGGACUCUUACCAGCAGUACCAAGAAUCUCCAAGCAGUGCUGAGAUGUCAGAGGGGGAGACAGAGUGGUGGCACUAGUGCUGUAGUGGGGCCUGCCGAAGGCACUGUCAGUGGGUAAUAUUGUCCUCAAGCAGUGCUGAGGUGUCGGGGGGAGACACAG